GUUCAAAGUUCAAUUUUGUUUCCCCCCCCCCUCUUUCAUUCAUUCAUUGUCUUGGUUUAAAUCAUAAAUUAUUCUUCUGUGUAAAGUAGUAAUACCUUAGUUACAAAUGAUGUGUACACUCAUAGAUUUUUAUUCAUGUAUGGUUCGAAUCCGAUCAAAUCAAUCAUCUAUUUUUAAAUAUUGAAUAAACAUACUACUGAUUUGAACAAAUAGUUGUAUAUACAUAUCUCAGAGGCUACAUAUAUAUACAUAUAUGCCGAUCAUGUCGUUAAAACAUGUAUCUCCAAGAGGCAAACACCAGCAACACCAGCAACAUCAGCAACAACAACAAGCAAAUGGUAUCUCAUCUGAAAGAGAUUAUAAUUAUCAUAUUAAACAUUCUUAUGAUCUAUAUAACAAUACUACUACUACUACUACUCAUAAUUAUAAUACUACUUAUUAUCUUAUUGAUAAACCAUAUAAAAAUUAUAAAUCUAAAUAUAACAAUGUGUAUUUAUCGCAUAAUAAACUAUUCGAUGUAACAAAUGAUAGAAGGAAUCAUCAAUUCUUAAAGCAACAUACAUCUAAAAUGGAUACUAAUAAUAGUAAUAAUAGUACUACUUUAGAUACCUCUUCAAUCCCAUCGAAACUACGUUCAAUACACCAUUAUGGUACGAGUACUUCAUCAGUCAAUACUUGUACUACUACUACUACUACUACUACUACUACUACUACUAACACUACUAUUAAUACUAAUACUACUACUUCUAAUAAUAGUAAUAUGAGUAAAGAAUCAUUUGAAAAUUCAAAUAUCAAAAAUCGAUAUUCUAAAUUAAUUCAUUGCCAAUCACCUAUUAUACAUGUACGGAAUAGUAACAAUCAUAUAAGUAACCAUGGUAACAAUACUAAUAAUAGUACUAUUAAUUAUAAUCGAUUAAAUGAUGGAUUUAAUUAUCUUAAACAUAUUCAUAAAUCUAAAAAAUAUUUAAAUAAUCAUCAAUAUUUAAUCAAUAAUUCAUAUGAUGAUGUAAUUAGUUUAAAUAAAUUAACUGAUUAUAAUCAUUAUUUAUUAUCGGCAUUACAUUCACAAGAUACUUUAUCAUUGAAUAAAUAUACUAUACCAACAUAUAGACCAGAGAAUACAUUUCUAAAAUAUAACACAUUGGAGAAUAGUACAAGUAAUAGUAAUAAUAAUCUUUAUCAACAAAAUCGUCAUUCAAUUGAUCAACGAACUCAAAGACAAUUUUUAUUAUUUCAAAAAUUUGAUCUAAAUACAUCGAAAUCCCAAUUACCUAAUACUAUUACUGUUAACAAUCAAAAUCAUUUCAUAAAUCGAAUUGAUCAAAAUGAAUUGAUUAUUGAUAAAUUAAAAACAAUAAAUUGCACUUCGACUUCAACUUCGACAACUACUAUUACGACUACAACUUCUACUAUCCUUACAAAUACUCCACUUGACAACCAAUUCGAUAACUUUAUAUCAACAACAAAAUCUGUAUCCAAAUUAGUUCCACCAUUAUUAGGACUUAAUGAUAAUAAUGUCAAUGAUUCACAACCUAUACAACAGGAUAUCUAUAUAAGUAAUAUUAGUAAUCAUGAUAAUGAUAAUGAUGAUGGUAAUGGUGAUAGAGAUGGGGAUGAUUUAAGUAAUUCAUGUUAUAGUCAACGUGAUCAAUCUAUAAUUAAUGAUAUAUCAUCAAUCAAUAAUAAUCAUAAUCUUAAUCAUAGACGUUGGCAACAAUCCAAUAGUUGGUUACCAAAAGUUGCUAUGAAUUCAAAUCGUACAAAAUAUGAUGAAAUUUUAUCAACCAGUUGGAAUUUAUUAACUAUGAAAAAUUGGAAAUCAGAUCAAGAAUUAAAACAUAAAAUGAGUUUAAUGAAUAAUUAUAGUAACCAUACACAUAAGAUUGGAGGGGGUUUUUGGUUUCGUGAAAAAGCAAUUCAUCAUACAAAAUCAUUAAUCACUGGUAGACGUAAAUUAGAACAAUCAAAUGGUCAUUUACAACAAUCCAAAGGAAUAACAUUUAGUUCUAUAGUGAAUCAUUGUCCAUUAAUUAAUCAAUAUUUAUCAUCAAAUAAAGUGUUACACUGUCAAUUCGAAUCGGUACCAACGGAACAAACUGAACUUUUUAGUUUACCUGAAGCGAAAUCUAAAUUUUCCAUUGACAAUUCACUUUCAAGUUCCAAUCGAAUUUCUUCAACAUACAAUACUACUACUAUUAAUGCUACUACUACUACUACUACUACUACUACUACUGCUAGUACUAUUACUAGUAGUAGUCAGAAUAAGGUUAAAAGUACCAAAUCCAUCAUACAAUCUAAUACUGAUCUUACUGAUCACUUCAAUAAAACAAGCAAAUCUAAACGUAAUCCAAUGACAGAUAUCAAUGAUACUCUAUUAACAUCAUCAUUAUCAUCAACAUCCUUAUCUAUACAAAAUUAUAAUAGAACCAAAUGCCCAGAUACUAAACUACAUUCAAAUGAUGUUCAUCAUUUAAUAAAAAUGGAUAAAGUUCCCACAAUAACCAUAAAUGAUUCAACGAAUUCAAAUCAACAAUCAAAGGAUAAUCUUUCUUUAAAAAUUAAUAAUAACAGUAAUCAUAAUGAAUAUACACCGUCGUUAUCCUCAACACGAUGUCAACAUAGUCAACAAUUUAAUCAUCUUAAUGAUUAUGAUAAUGGAAUAUCAUUGAAAGAUCAUUCAAAUUGUGAAUUAAUUAUACACUUAAACAAAAAUCAUAAUACUACUGAUAAUACUACUACUAAUAAUACUACUUAUAAUAAUAAUAUUACUAAUAAUAGUAAUAAUAAUAAUAAUAAUAAUAAUGGUGAAUUAAGUACUAAUGAUGUAAUCAAAAAUCAAUUUAAAGAAAAAUCAAUAAUUAUUGAAUCGAAAAAAUUAUCAAAUCAAUAUUAUAAUACAAAACAGUUGUCAAGUCAUAUUUCAAAAGAUGAUAAGGAAAUAAUUAAAUUAAAUGAUAAAAUGAAUAUACCAAUGACACCACAUACUGCAUUAAAUAUCUAUGGCAAGAAGUUAACAUCAUAUGAGAAAGAGGAAAUAUUAAAUUUUAAUAAAAUAUGGUAUCUUGGUUUAUCUGCACAAAAAAUUGAUGCUAUACAAGGUUCACCAAGUAAUCAUGGUUAUGAUGAUGAAAAUGGUGGAUAUAUAAAAAUAACCCAUGAUCAUAUCGCUUAUAGAUUUCAAUCAUUAGAAACUUUAGGUAAAGGUUCAUUUGGUCGUGUUAUACGAGCGAUUGAUCAUAAAUCCGGUUAUCCAGUUGCGAUUAAAAUUAUUCGAAAUAAAAAACGAUUUCAUCAACAAGCUCAAGUGGAAGUAGCUAUUUUAGAGAAUUUGAAAAAAGCGGAUCAUAAAAAUAUUCAUAAUAUUAUCCAUAUUAGAGAUCAUUUUACAUUUCGUAAUCAUUUGUGUAUUGUCUUUGAUUUAUUAGGUUCCAAUUUAUAUGAUCUUUUAAGAAAAAAUGAUUUUCGUGGUUUUACAAUACAUUCAUUGAAAAAAAUCACAAUUAAAUUACUGAAUUGUUUAUGUCUAUUAAGAAAACAAGGUAUUAUACAUUGUGAUUUAAAACCAGAAAAUAUUCUUAUUGGUUUGAAUAAUCCAUCAGAAUUAAAAGUGAUUGAUUUUGGUUCAAGUUGUUUUGUUCAUCAAAAAACCUAUACAUAUAUUCAAUCACGUUUUUAUAGAGCACCAGAAAUUAUUUUAGGUAUCACAUAUGGUCCACCAAUUGAUAUGUGGAGUUUAGGUUGUAUUCUACCUGAAUUAUAUACAGGUCGUCCAUUAUUUCCUGGAGAAAAUGAAAAUGAACAAUUAGCUUGUAUUAUGGAAGUACUUGGUUUACCAUCUGAAUUACACCUUGAGAAAGCUAGUAGACGAAGAGUAUUUUUUGAUUCUAAACGUACACCAAGAUAUUUAACUAAUAGUCGUGGUCGUAAACGUAUACCAGGCACUGAAACAAUAGAGAAUCUAGUCAAAACUGUUGAUUUGAAAUUUAUCAAUUUAUUAAAUCAAUGUUUAACAUGGGAUCCUGAUGAAAGAAUUACACCAAAUGAAGCAUUAAAUCAUGAAUGGAUUAUACGUGAAAAUGAACAAACUAAACAAAAUGUUACAUUUCAAACAUUGGAACAAACUAAUUCAGAGAAUAAACAGAAAGAUACAAUUGCUUGAAUCAAUCUAUCUAUCUCUAUAAAUAUUACACAUUUAUGUUAAGAUAUCAAUCAAUAAUCAAUAAUCAAUAAUCAAUCAAUAAAUCAUUAAAAUGAGAUUCAAUCUGUGAAUAAUAAAUUUUAUACAUAAUUUUUAAAUCAUAUUUUAUAUUGGUACCAUUUGAAAAAGCUUUAUUCUAUUUUAGAAUUAUUGUGUUGAAUUCAUGAGUUGAAGUUAAGGGUUCACUCUCGAGAUCGAAGGUCCGAUGGAUUCAGGUGCCGCGUGAGGGAUCGUGGUUAUGUACUGCUGAGAAGUCUCAUGUUGGGACGAAACAACCGUUCAGUGCUUCCAGAUUUUUAGUAAUGGUCUACCUUACAUUGAAUCAUGAAUUCGAAUUUUAAAACCUUUGUGGAAGUAGACUAAUAUUCAGUAAACAUGCACGAAACAUUCUGUUCUGGUUGGUCCACACAAUGAACGUUCAUAAUCUUAUCUACAUGAUCACAUCAUACUUGAAAAGAACUUAUAUACUUACUUAUGCCUAGUUAUCUUCGUGGUGAAACACAGGCCGCUGUAAAGUGUGAUCGAUAAGUGAACACACCAAUGAUAGGUGAAACGCUCACCACCGCACUAAAUUCUUUGACCUUGUAU